AUGUCAAAACUCUCGUCGGGCCUCAAGGCCCUGAUCAACAACCCUGCGGCACGACCAUCAACAGUGCCGGCGCCCGCCCACAUGGCCUCAGUCUUCUCCGCCAUCCAGCAAGCAGCCGACGUCCAGCGUGUUUCCCAGCCCUCGUGGCUGGCUCUCUCGACCGCAGCGACCAUGACGAUGAACUCCCCCGAUUCCCUCGCAGUCCUCUAUCGCCUCGCCGCAACCUCCUCAGACCCGGUCCAAGCAGCCGAGCUCAUGCGCGAGGUUGGUCUCAAAUGUAUCAGCUUCAAUGGAAUCCCACGGACCAUCAACUGUCUCAAUGCCUUCAAAGCAAGCCUUCCGGAUUCUGUCAGUGCCCGACUCUCUCAGACCCCCAGCCGCACCCCGACCUCCGCCAACAUCACCGACAUCAGUGAGCGCGGGCGGUCUCUAUGGGACUCUAUCUAUCGUCCCUUUGAGCAGAAGCUCUACGACAAGCUUGCCGACUCCCAUCCAGACCUCCCAGUGCAUAUCUUGAAUAGCCACUAUGGCGCGUUGCUCUCGGAUCCCGUCCGGGACACAGGGGCCUCCGCUGGACGCGUAUUGACCUCAAUCAUUGCCGUGGCCUGCCUACGAGCGCAAUCUGGAGUCGGGCCACAAGUCACGUCACAUGUGUUUGGUCUGCGAAAAGCACUUGAGGAUGGUUCCUGGGCGACAGAUGUCGAGUCCGAAGAAGGGGCGCGAUGGCUGGCCAGUGAUGAGGGCAAUGCCUGGAUACUGGACAGUGUGGAUACCAUUGUAGAGGCGAUCGGAGAAGGACAUGGACCAAAUUUUGCGCCGGGAAAGGGCAAGCUAUAG